UUUCGAAAUAUAAAAAGGGUGGAUUCGAACGCAUUUGGAGAAACCACCACAGCACAGCUUCCACCAUCAUCUUCUACAACCCUCCCAGCUUCGCUAUCAACAACCACCAAGUUCUCCCAAACCAAAUCAACUAUCCAGAAAAUGCAUUUCUCCGCCAUCCUCACCACCCUCCUCUCCACCACCGCCCUCAUGGCGACCGCCGCUCCCACCGAAGCCCCCCUCGACCUCCCCAUCGUCGACGCCGCCCCCUUCGAGCCCACCAGCCUCGUCAAACGCGGCGGCAGCAUCCAGGCCUUCCACGGCGACCGCUGCGGCGGCGGAUCCGCGGGCGGAGGCUACACCAACGAUGGACAGAGCCUCUGCUACAGGUUCUCGAAUGUUAGGUCGAUCAAGGUUAAUGCUACUGGAAACUGCAGGAUUCGUACUUGGAGUGGAAGUGAUUGCCGGGGCUCUUCUGCGGAUGUCUCGUGGAGUGUUUGCCAUAAUAUUCUUUUUGCUUCUGUCUCUGUGCAGUGUUAGGUGUAUCGAGAGUCUUUUCUUGAAAGACGAGCUGGGUCGGAAGUUAGGGACUGUAGGGCUGAACGUGCUAGUAGAGCGAAGCGGUGCAAGAGAGGAGUGGUAUAGGUAGUUGAAAAUAUACAUAAAAUCAUC